AUGUCGUCGGGCGUGGUGCGAGCCUGCGACGAGUCAGCCGGCUCGUGUCCGUCCGUCGUCAACGUGACGUCGCGUGACGUCAACGUGACGUCGCUGCUGCUGGAGAACGGCUAUGAUGUCAGGAGCUGGCUGCAGCUCGGCCUCUGCUCGCGGCCAUACCUGCAGUCAAUCCAACCGUUCUGGGCGCGCUUUCCGGCGCCACCUUACUGGUACCAUCUGGCUAUAGCGGCCUGCUACGCCCUGAUCCUGCUGGUGGGAUGCGCCGGCAACCUCUUCGUCAUCUGCGUCUUCGCCAGGCACCGGAAGCUGCGAAAGCCGUCGAACCUGCUGCUGUUGAACCUGGCGAUCAGCGAUCUGGUGAUGGUGUUCAAGUCCGUCACCAUCGUCACCAAUUCGGUGUUCGCUGGGCCGGUGCUCGGUGUCAUAGGUUGCGAGUUCUACGGGUUCUCAACUGGCGUGACGGGCAUCACCAGCAUCAUGACUCUGGCCAGCAUCGCCAAGGACCGGUGCCGGGCGAUUUGUAAACCCCUGGACCUGACUCACCAGCUGACGCGACGCCAGGCCUACGCCAACAUCCUGGGCGUCUGGGCGUACGGCCUCCUCUUCAGUGUGCUGCCCCUCAUGGGGGUUGAAGGCAUCCGCUUCACGCCGGAGGGCUACCUGACGUCCUGCAGCUUUGACUACACAUCCGACAGUGCGGCCAACAAGGCGUUCAUCUUGGUCUUCUUCACGGCCGCCUGGAUCCUACCGUGCUGCGAGAUCUGCCGCUGCUACUACAAGUGGGUGGACCGUGUGGAGGACGCGGAUGGUGGCCCAGAGGUGGCUGAGUACUCUGGUCUGAGCGACUCUGACAUGCAGGCUGAGUACUCUGGUCUGAGCGACUCUGACAUGCAGGCUGAGUACUCUGCUCUGAGUGAUUCUGAGUUGCAGGCUGAGUACUCUGCUCUGAGCGACUCUGAGUUGCAGGCUGAGUACCCUGCUCUGAACGACUCUGAGUUUCAGGCUGAAAUAUUCCGUACGGUGCAGGGAACCACCUUCGAAAGAAGCAUGGAGGAGAGAAAAGACUCAACAUGGCGAUGCUCCAACAACAGGAAGUGCAAGUCAGAGAUCAGGCUGGCCCGGGUAAUCGGCAGCGUAGUGCUGCUCUGGUUCCUCUCCUGGUCUCCCUACGCGGCCGUCGCUCUGAUGGGCGUGUUCGGCCAGCAGAGAUACAUCACGCCGCUCAUCACCAUGAUACCAGAGCCCCACCGGCGGUGCCAGGAUGCGCGCUGGCAGGUGCUGCCCAUAUUCCACGGCCACCGGGGCCGCGCCGCUAUUGUCGACGGCGACGCUAAUGGCGCGGACGCCUCCCCGGACGUUCCGGCCGCCGGCGGCGGAAGGCGGCGACCCUGGUGA